CCGUCCCGCUGCGCGAAGAACGACCGAGAGAGCUGGACGAGCGGCAGGCGUACUCCCGCAUGAGGUUCAUUUCAGUCAAAAUCGUACUCCUGAACGCAAAUUUGACCGUCUGAAGGUUACAAGUCCAGUGUGGCCUUGCUGACUGGAGGUGAGCCAUGGAGGACGGGAAGCCAGUGUGGGCGCCCCACCCCACCGACGGGUUCCAGCUGGGCACCAUCGUUGACAUAGGAGCCGACGCGCUCACCAUAGAGCCGCUGAACCAGAGGGGCAAGACGUUUCUUGCUCCGAUGAGCCAAGUCUUCCCAGCAGAGGAUGACGUCAACAAACAUGUAGAUGACAACUGUUCCCUCAUGUACUUGAACGAAGCCACUCUUCUCAACAAUGUUAGAGUUCGGUACAAUAAAGACCACAUCUAUACGUAUGUGGCUAAUAUCUUGAUAGCCGUGAACCCUUACUAUGACAUACCGAAACUGUACGGCCCAGAAGCCAUCAAGUUGUACCAAGGGAAGUCACUGGGAACCCUGCCGCCUCAUGUCUAUGCUAUAGCGGACAAGGCGUACAGGGACAUGAAGGUCUUAAAGAUGAGCCAGUCCAUCAUAGUUUCUGGUGAAUCUGGUGCUGGAAAGACGGAAAACACCAAGUUUGUUCUCAGAUACCUGACUACAACAUACGGAAGUGGUCAGGAUAUUGACGAGAGAAUUGUAGAAGCGAAUCCCCUUCUCGAGGCCUUCGGAAAUGCAAAAACAGUCCGGAACAACAACAGCAGUCGCUUUGGGAAGUUCGUAGAAAUCCACUUCAAUGACAAGAAUGCAGUCGUGGGCGGUUUCGUCUCACACUACUUGUUGGAGAAGUCAAGGAUUUGCAUGCAAAGUAACGACGAGAGGAACUACCACAUCUUCUACAGGCUGUGUGCCGGCGCCACCGAUGACCUGAAGAAGAAACUGCACCUGGACUCUCCUGACAGUUUCAGGUACCUGAACCGAGGAUGCACCAGAUACUUUGCCAGCAAGGACUCCGAUAAACAAAUCAUGCAGAACCGCAAGAGUCCUGAGGACAAUAAGCAUGUAAAGAUGGGCGCUCUGAAGGACCCUCUCCUCGAUGACCAGGGUGACUUCAACAGGAUGUGCGUGGCCAUGAAGAAGAUCGGUCUGAACGACACGGAGAAGCUGGACCUGUUCAGGGUCGUCGCUGGCGUUCUGCAUCUGGGCAACAUUGACUUUGAAGAAACAGGAAGCUCUUCAGGAGGUUGCAUCCUACAGAAUCAGUCGGACCAGACUCUCGAGUACUGUGCAGAUUUGUUGGGCCUGGAUCAGGACGAUCUGCGAGUCAGCCUCACCACGAGGGUCAUGCUCACUACAGCAGGGGGCGCCAAAGGAACAGUUAUCAAGGUGCCUCUGAAGGUGGAACAAGCGAACAAUGCCCGCGAUGCCCUGGCCAAGGCCGUGUACAGCCGCCUCUUCGAUCACGUGGUCAAGCGAGUGAACCAGUGUUUCCCUUUCGAGGCUUCCUCCAACUUCAUCGGGGUGUUGGACAUCGCCGGGUUCGAGUAUUUUGAGCACAACAGCUUCGAGCAGUUCUGUAUCAAUUACUGCAACGAGAAGCUGCAGCAGUUCUUCAACGAGCGCAUCCUCAAGGAGGAGCAAGAGCUCUAUCAAAGGGAAGGGCUCGGAGUGAACGAGGUGCAUUACGUUGACAACCAGGACUGCAUAGAUCUUGUGGAAGCAAAGCUGGUGGGAGUCCUGGACAUUUUGGAUGAGGAGAACCGUCUCCCUCAGCCCAGCGACCAGCACUUUGCAAUGGCUGUUCACAGCAAACAUAAGGACCACUUCAGACUCACGGUUCCCCGGAAGUCAAAGCUGACCGUUCACAGGAAUCUCCGGGAUGACGAGGGUUUUAUCGUCAGACACUUUGCCGGAGCAGUCUGCUACGAAACAACUCGGUUCGUGGAGAAGAACAACGACGCCCUGCACAUGUCCUUGGAGAGCUUAGUGUGUGAAUCCAAAGACAAAUUUGUUCGAGAGCUGUUUGAGAACUCCAACACAUCCAAGGACUCCAGACAGAAGGCGGGCAAACUCGGCUUCAUCAGCGUCGGCAACAAGUUCAAGACCCAGCUGAACCUGCUGCUGGAGAAGCUUCGCAGCACUGGCUCAAGUUUCAUCCGCUGCGUAAAACCCAACCUGAAGAUGGUCAGCCAUCAGUUUGAAGGGGCACUGAUUCUCUCACAGCUGCAGUGCUCAGGGAUGGUGUCUGUGCUGGACCUGAUGCAGGGCGGGUUUCCCUCCAGGGCCCCUUUCCAUGAGCUCUACAACAUGUACAAGCAGUACAUGCCGGAUAAACUUACACGGCUAAAUCCAAGACUCUUCUGCAAGGCUUUAUUCAAAGCCCUGGGACUAAACGAUAAUGACUUCAAGUUUGGACUGACCAAAGUAUUCUUCCGGCCCGGAAAGUUUGCUGAGUUUGACCAGAUCAUGAAGUCCGAUCCAGACCACCUCGCAGAGCUGCUGAAGAAAGUCAACCAGUGGUUGGUGUGUAGCCUCUGGAAAAAGGUGCAGUGGUGCUGCCUGUCCGUCAUCAAACUCAGGAACAAGAUGAGGUACAGAGCUUUGGCCUGCAUUAAGAUUCAAAAGACGGUCCGCAUGUGGUUGUGUAAGAAGAAGCAUAAACCACGAGUUGACGGCAUGGUGAAGGUUCGACACCUAAAGAAACACAUGGAACGGUUCAAUGAGGUGGUGAACGGGCUGAAGGAGGGCAAACAGGAGAUGGCCAAACAAGUUCAGGAGCUGGCCGCCUCCGUAGACGCUCUGUUAGCAAAGAUAAAGGCCACAACAAUGACCUGGAAGGAGAUUGACACAGAGUACCAGGGACUGGUGAAACGCUCGGAGCAGCUCCUCUCCUCCAUGCAGAAGAAGAAGCGGGAGGAGGAAGAGGGCGAGCGGCUGAAACGCAUCGAGGAGGAGAUGGAUAAAGAGAGGAAGAGCAGGGAGAAGGAAGAGCAGCGACGCAAACAGGAGGAAGAGGACAGACGGAUGAAAUCAGAGAUGGAGCACAAAAGAAAACAGGAGGAGGAGGACAGAAAAAAGAGAGAGGAGGAAGAGAAGGCCAUGCAGGCGGAGCUUGAAGUCCAGUUGGCUCUGGAGCGCGAGGAGCAGGUCCAGCGCGCCACCGUACUGGAGCAGGAGCGAAGGGACAGGGAGUUAGCCAUGAGGAUCGCUCAGAGCGAGGCCGAGCUCAUCACAGAGGAAGGACAGAUAGAUCCAAGCCUGCGCAGCGAUGAGUCUUUUGCAGAUCUUCCUAUCUCUUCGUCCUCAGCCAGGGCCAUGGGCCCUCAGGUGCAGGCCACCAAAGCUGCCGCUGGUGUGAAAAAGUACGACCUCAGCAAGUGGAAGUAUGCUGAGCUGCGAGAUGUCAUCAACACUUCCUGUGAUAUCGAGCUGCUGGCCGCCUGCAGAGAGGAGUUCCACCGUCGCCUGAAGGUCUACCAUGCGUGGAAGUCCAAGAACAAGAAACGUAACGACGACGGGAGUGAUCAGCGGGCUCCUAAAUCUGUCACUGACUACGCUGAACAGAACCCAGCUCCUCCGAUGACGGCGCAGCAUCAGGAAGUGGCCAUGAACCGGCAGCAGCGCUAUUUCCGCAUUCCUUUCAUCCGGCCCGCCGACCAGUACAAGGACCCCCAGAACAAAAAGAAGGGCUGGUGGUACGCCCACUUUGAUGGGCCCUGGAUAGCCAGGCAGAUGGAGCUUCACCCGGACAAGCAGCCCAUCGUGUUGGUCGCAGGCAAAGACGACAUGGAGAUGUGUGAGCUGAGUCUGGAGGAGACGGGUCUGACCAGGAAGAGAGGGGCGGAGAUCCUCCCCAGGCAGUUUGAGGAAAUCUGGGAGCGCUGCGAUGGAAUCCAGUACUUGAAGAAAGCCAUCGAGAACAAGCAGGCCCGUCCGACGUACGCUACCGCCAUGCUCCAGAGUCUGCUCAAGUGAACCAAGGGCGCACGAGAUAAGGGCGCAUGAGAUAAGGGCGCACGAGAUAAGGGCGCACGAGAUAAGGGCGCAAGCGUCGGCUCUGCAUGCUGAAACACUACACAACACAAACAUGCACAUUCAAGAGCUGCAGCACCUCGUACCUGUCGCGUGUAUCCACAGACAAAGAUUCUCCCAACCCUCCUGUAGGCACCAAGGUUUUCUCCAUAAUCCCUUGUAUGUUGUUUAUUUUCAGUUUUUUAAAUAUCUUUACAUUUUGCAGUGUAACACCUUGUUGGUGUAGGGUUAGCAUUUGCGUUUAGCCUUCUUCUCAGUGUAUGCAUUAAUGGAAUAUGAGGCCUUAACUUAAGCAAUAUCACCACACCACGAAAGCCUUGGUUCAUAGCCUUAGCAGCUGUGAUCUGCUAAAGGGACGAUGCAUUAUACAGAGAUGCUGUUAACUGUCCUGUCAUGUCAUAAAGUUACGCUUUGUGGUUUGUUUUUAUGAAUAACACAACUAAUUAUCAUUUAGUGACUAUAAAUAUAUCUGAUGUGAUAAGGACUAAUUAUAUUUUUCACAUAUAGGCAGCUUAUAUGAGAUGACAAAAAAAAAUAUUUGAUUAAAAUAAAGUAUUCAAAUACAAUAAUUGUGAAUAGACAUUCAAACUAAGAUGAAAAAAAAAAGCUGGCUAAUUCUUAGGUCCUUUUCAGCAGAGCCCAUAAAACAGCUUAUGUCAUUCGUUGUAUCUUUUGUUCACAGCCCUCUCGACCCUUGAAAAAGUUUUUGUAUCGUUGCUCAUGUGCUAUGGGAGAGGGGAACAUUUUCACGGUUGCAGUUUUGUGGGUUUGGGGUUUGUUUUACAGACCAUAAUGUCAUUUGCGCGUGUGUGUUAAAGUGUGUUUGUCCAUGUAAGAUUUUCUUAAGCGGAUUACUUGACUCUUGUGCUCGUUUAGUGGAGGAACAUUUCAGUCAUCUCAUUUGGUCGUAUUUUUCUGAAGAAUGUUGUAGUAGGACUAAGGCGUUUCUUAAUCUUCUGUUGUAUGUCGGCCUUUGCACUGGAAUACUGGAGAAAAUAAACACAUUCCCGGAUUGUU